UGCAUACUCGUUAAAGGGUGGCGAGCCUCUGCGAGCUGGGGCUUUCCCAAGGGCAAGAAGGGGUCUCAAAGAGACAGAUGCAGAGGCAGCAGUCAGGGAGGUGUGGGAGGAAACUGGAUUUGACAUCUCCUCUCUCGUCAACCCUUCAGAGUAUCUGGAGGUGGUGGCAGGGCAGCAGCAGCAGCGCUCGCGCCUGUUUGUGGUGGCGGGGGUGGACUCGCGCACAGCAGUGUUCCAGCCGCAAACUGUGAAGGAAAUCAGCGAGAUCGCAUGGCAUCUCGUGUGUGACUUGGCAACAGCGCAGAGCGAUGGAGCGCCGCCAGUCUCUCGCACAGUCAGCGGUGCCAAGCUCUUCAUGGUGCAGCCGUUUGUCAGGCCUCUCCUCGAGUGGAUAGACCGCCACCACACGCCUGACUCCCGACAGCUAGCUGUGCACAUGAUGCCGCAGAACGUCCCAGGGAGCAUCAUCUCCGUCUGGAAGACCAGCAGCGUUCUUCCCGCCUCUCCCCAAACAUCCCACUCUCUUGCCCCUAUUGCUCCUCCUCCUCCUCCUACUGCUACUGCUGCUGUUGUUGCUUCCCUCAGUGCUGCUUCCACCACUGCUCCACCCUCGUCUCAUCAUCCCACCAUCCCAGCCACCACCGUUGCAGUCCCGCACAUUCCCACCGCAUCCCCUUCCUCUCUCCGCCAUCCAGUCUCCUCGCGCCACGUGGCGGCGGCCAGGAAGCAGCUCUUUCCCGCCGAUUCUCCACCUCUGGCCACGUCAGCAUCGUCUGGGAUCCUGCCAGGAAUAAUAACAACAACAACAAUAAUAAUAAUAAUAAUAAUAAUAAUAAUAAUAAUAAUAAUAAUAAUAAUAAUAAUAAUAAUAAUAAUAAUAAUAAUAAUAAUAAUAAUAAUAAUAAUAAUAAUAAUAAUAAUAAUAAUAAUAAUAAUAAUAAUAAUAAUAAUAAUAAUAAUAAUAAUAAAAACUGCCUGGUGCGAUGUAUACAUAGAAAACACCUGUCCCUCCAAGUAA